UACACUAUUAGCAGACUGGCGGUGGUUUACUCAUUUACAAAUGUCAUAUUUAGUCUACGUACGUGUGCAUGUACUGAAUAUGGAAAGCUUUCACAACUUGAAAAACAAUAUGCAGAAUAUAUAUGAAAUAUAGAUGUACUGAAUUUAAUUCAGAGGGAGAGUCAUAACUAAGCUGGUCGAUCUACGCUCCACAUAUGAAGGCGUGCUAGAUAAGACGUUGGCCAGGCGAUGACAGCGAGAUCUUUUAUAAAAUCACCGGCCAUAGAACAUUGCUGAUGAUCAACCAAACGUGUCAGGAGUGGAGUUCAGGGGAAAUCAGAGAUGCGGCUGCGAACAUCACAAGACUUGCAGGGACUCAAUCGACAGAGCACGUGAACAGCCAGUAUGUUAUGCCCGCGAUUAAAAAAGUUGAAAUGCGCGCUGGUUGUAUCCGCGGCGUUCUGUGUGCUUAUCGGACCUUACCAAUGGUUAAAGGGAAGUACUAUCGACGAUAGGAUCUAUUACGAUGAACCCGUGAAGCUUCAUUUUGGUGAUAAAAAGGACUCGACAUUGCAUUUAACGGAUCCACUGUUAAAUCAGGAGCUGCAGUCAUUUAAAUGCGUCCGGUUGUUUCAAAAUGAUUCUGUGGAAAUGGCCAAGGCCGCUACGUUUUUAUCAAACCUCAACUACUCCUUUUCUAGACGCCAAGAUGAAGAAUUUUUAGAACUCGCCUCAAACUGUGAUCAAUUUAAAAAAGACUGGGGCUUCUUCGUUUACCCGCCUUCGCAAGAAGAGACAUCCUUUCCGAUAGCAUUCAGCAUCCUCUUCCACGAAAAUGUGGAACAAUUGACGCGACUUCUCCGUGCAAUAUACAGACCUCAGAACCAGUAUUGUAUUCAUAUAGACGGCAAAGCACCGGGCAGUAUUAUUGAGAUUGUGACGCGCAUAAGCAGCUGUUUCCCAAAUGUGUUCAUAGCUUCGAAGCUUGAGAUUGUAAUCUACGCCAGUGCGACCCGACUUGACGCUGAUAUUAACUGCAUGAAGGAUCUCGUGCAAAAUGGCGAGGACUGGAAGUAUUUACUUAAUCUCGCGGCCAGCGAAUUCCCGAUCAUGUCUAACUUGCAGAUCGUCCAAAUUCUACAGGAGUUCAAUGGUUCGAACGACAUUUACGAAACUUUUUCUACAAUGGACAGAGGCCGGUUUAAAAAGCGCUAUUAUACCUAUAUAGAUCUUCGUAAUAAGUCAGGGUACAUUAUACAUUCCAAUGACCAUAAAGACCCGCCGCCCCAUGGCUUGAAAAUCACGAAGGGGAAUGCGUAUAACGUGUUUAGUAGGAAGUUUGUAGAAUGGGCUCUGAAGGACAGAAUAGCCCGGGAUUUACUUGCAUGGGUGCAAGACACAUUGACACCUGAUGAGCAUUACUGGGCGACACUCAACAACCUUUUCAGCAACCCAUCAUUGAAGACACCUGGUGGCUAUAAAGGACAUCCCGAUAAAAGACCCUCAUUUGGUCGCUACAUCGGAUGGUCUUCACCAGUGCAUAAAGACCGUUGCAAGGCGGGUCGAUACAUCCACAACAUUUGCACAUUUGGCGUCCUUGACCUUCCAGUUCUGUGGAAAAGAAACGAGAUCAUAGCCAACAAGUUCGAUAUUCAGUACGACCCGAUAGCCUACAAGUGCAUGGAGGAACUGAUACUGAAUAACUCUGUAGAAAAGAGGGGCGUAUCUAGACGUCCGCUUUACCGGCGUAUUGCGCAAUUAGGGGUCUAAUACGACGAGUUAUGUUUACUAAGGUAGCACAUAGGCCGCAUAAGGAAAACAUUAACCCAUUUAUUCCUAGUGGACUCUCCCAUCCUUCUAAAUUUGGAUCAAUUUAUUUCCAAAAUUUUGGAUAUCUAGUAUAUUUAUUUCUAUACUUAGAAUAUUUCUUACAGAAAUCCCUUUAAACAAACAGCGCAGACCCUUGUGAGACGACGCAUCAUGCGGCGUCUCAUCUGUGUCUACGCUGUUUUCCAUGGCCUUUUUUUCUAGACGCUAGGCAUAAAUAGGUCAAGCUCAGCAAAACCGCAAAAUUUAAGUGAUGCUGGGAUAUUUUAAACACAAUGCGGUAAUUUCUAGAGCGUUUAUUCAAUGGUGAUACUCAUUGAUAUUUGUAGAGAAAAAAGAAAAUAUCGCCGUAAUUCUAGACAGUAGAGAUGAACACAGCCGAACACAGCCGACAGGAACGUAAAACUGCAAAUGAUACUGUUCUUGUUAUCUUAAUUGCUUCGCAGUACUGAUAUACAGAUUUCUUUAACCCAUUUAUGCCUAGUGGACUCUCCCAUUCUUUAAAAUUGGAUCAAUUUAUUUCAAAAAUAAGGGAUGUCUAGUAUACUUAUUUCUAUAUUUAUAAUAUUUCUUACAGAAAUUCCUUUCAGCAAACAGCGCAGACCCAGAUGAGACGCCGCAUUAUGCGGCGUCUCAUCUGGGUCUACGCUGUUUGCAAUGUCCUUUUUUCAGGACGCUAGGCAUAAAUGGGUUGAAUGAGCCAUAUUUAUUAUCAAAUAACCUAGUAAUUUUGAUUAAUAACUAUAAUUCGCACAGAGGCGUGUACUUCUCCGUACAAGAAAAAGAAAACAUUGCGUGGUAUGUUAAAGGUUCAUAAUACAAUCGAGUGAUAAAGAUGUAGUUAUAUCGCAUUUAAUGAUAUUUUAUUACUUUUUAAUUUGAAUAACAGUGGUACGAGGUUACUGCUUAUUCGCCGCAUUGUUUUAGCGCAUCAUUUUAGGCUAAAUAAUAGUUUUUACGCGUCAUUUAACGCUUAUUUCCCCAAUUGCUUUUCAUUGGCUGUUCCAAGGCGGUUACCCAAGCGUUAAUUGUUACCUCACCUUAGCUCAAUUUGCUUUUGUGCUUACCUACCUCGAAGGAAGCGUACGAAAAUACCGUAAACAGCGAUUCCCGAUGUGCACUGUGUAUGUGUUUUUUUUACAAUUUGCUUUUAUUUUAAAUUUUUCUUCAUUAGCUAAUCUGAGUACAACGUGCCCGCAGUGAAUUAUUGUGAUCACCCUUCGUCCAGCGUCCGUCGUCUUGAGAUGUGCAGCGUGUUACGCCUCGUUAACUUCAAGGUCUUUAACACUGUAGAGGCUUAAUUGUUCGUCCAAUCUUCGGGAAACUUGAGAAUAAUGUUAGAGUGGAAUUUUUUUGGCCGAGAGUGAAUUUGGAUUAUGUUUGUCAAACAUUAUGACAUCAGGUCAAAUCUGUGAGCAUCCUAGUUACCGCACUACAGGUCAUAUUUAUGACUUCAUCCUGAUAAUCAUGAUUUAUUGUACUUCAACAAAACACUUGCUACCACUCUAGAGGCUACAUUUAUGACUAAAUAUUGAUAAAACGUGGUUAUAAUAUAUUUUAGCUGAAUAGGAGUCCGAGUUUAAUGCGUCUAAGAACCAGGUGACCAUAUUAAAUCGUAGAAAACCAAGAGGCCAAAAUUAUGUUGAACUUUUCGUAGAAUGUUCAUCUUUACAGCAAGCAGAAGGGGCGGGGGGGGGGGGGGGGGCUCUGAUGAAUUUUGAAAUAAAGGUCAAGGUCACACCUAAUGGUAAUUGGGCCAUAAACAGCUUAAACAUUCCUGUCUCGGCUCUUUCUUUGCCAUAUAUGGCGGGAUUGUGCACGAAAUGGGAUGAAAAGUAAAGCAUCAUACACAUAGAGUUAACAAGCCAAAUUUGUCCAUAACACUAUCAGAAGAUUAGUGUCAUCGGCAUAUCAUUGCAUUAUAUUAAUCGAUUUGGAAAUAACUUGGCUCUAAUGUAAUCCAUCGUGAGACGACAAGUAACGUAACAACUUGUCUUUCUACCUCAAAGGUCAAGGUCACACACAAUUUUGCCAUUACUCAGCUUAUUCGGACUGUAAUUGUGGCAUUCAUCAUGUUGUUUAAAGAGAACUUACAACUAAUAAAAACCGAGGUCAGGAUAAAAUGUAAAGGUCAUAUUUGGCUGCAAACAGGUUAUCCAAACUGUAACGUUUUCUAUCAGCACUCAAUUUGUACACUUCGUUAUUCAAAUGAAAUAUAAUGAGAAGACUAAGUGUCGUAUGUCUGUCUCAUUGCCUCAAACACACUAAGAGGUGAACUGUCAAAUUUAGCCAUAACAGCAUGAACAAACAAUGUUUGUGACGAACAUGCGGGGUUUGGUGGGGCAACGAUGCUUACAGAACAGCGCAACACAUGUCUUGUGCAUGGAGGUAUAAUCAUAGCGUUUACUUACUAAGUUUGUGCAUUAUAUCAGGUCAAGUCCGCAACAAUUGGUGCACACGAACACUUAAGGUUAUUGUGUUAGGGCCAUCAGCGCCCACUUGGUUUUAUGUUAUAUGUAACAUUUUUGUUUUUCCCAUCAUUUUAUAGACAUUUAAACACUAAACUUAAAUGCAAGACAAGAAUUUCUCUCAUAAAACUUUCAUUGAGUUUCAUGUUUGUAUCCAUUAAGUUGUUUCCGGAAACGUUCGCAUUUCGUGCACAUUUGCUGUGAUAAUUUAACUCUUUCUAAGCUAGUGAAAUUACCAUCAUAUUACCUUGUGUUCACUGAAAGAAGCAUUUGUGUAUGGUAUUUUACCAAGUUCGUAUACAUGUAUUAAAUUUAAUGUUGUUAAUUCAUCUGAGCAAAACCUGCUCGAAGUGAGCGAUUGUGAUCACCCUGUGAACCUCGUCCGUCGUCCAAUCUGUUCCGAGUUACAUUCUGUUAAACGUGCAUCCACGAACUAGGUUGCUCGGUUAAGCACAUCACUGGCCACAGUUCUUACUUUUUAAAUAUUAAACUUCGACAGAAUGGUUUGUCUUCAGUGUAUCUAACUUAAAGGCGAAGUCGAAUCUUGUUUCCGUUCGUUAAAAACACUAGGUCACCAGGCCAAAUCUUUCAAUAAUAAUGUUACCACAUUAGGUUUUAAAUAAAGCUUUAUGCAGCAUGCGAGUCAAAUCGGUCUGAUACUGAACAAAGAAUAGACGCAGUUACACCCCUUUGAUUGCAAUGUUAUGUACAGUAGUUAAAUGUACGUUUAUAGAUACUAGUAAUCUGAUUACGAUUGGUAUGUGAGGUUAUAUUGUUUGUAUGCAACCUUUCGUAGAAGCAGCCAUAUACAAGUCGACAUGUUCUUCUGCACGUUUGUGCGAUACAUUUUGUGGGAGUGUUGUCUCAGACUUAUUUAAAUCAUAUAUUAAUGGAUUUUUAAAUAACUUUGUACAAAUUUCCAUCAGAAAUAUAUGUAGCGUGUAUAUCUCCCUGUCUCAAAUGUAAAUAUCACACGCAGUAUUUAAAUGUCAAAUUUUGCCAUUUUAAAAAUGCUUUUCAAAAAAAAUUAGAACAAAAAUAAACCUAAUAAACCCUAAAAAGAAAACCUGUCGAAUGUAAAUACCGUCUGCCUAUCUAAAAGGUCAUGGUCACACAUAGAGGUCAACAGACACACUUGACCAUUAAACAGCUUGUAAUUUAUCUUUAAUUAAUUGCCAUAUAUUAAUGGAUUUAAAUAACUUGGCUAAAAAGAAACUCAUUAACUCAAAUACAACGUGUAUCCAGUUGAGCGUUUACUGGCCUUAAUUACCCUUUGCAUAUACGUAUAAAUAUUGCAUUGUAUGAUUACAUAACUAAUUUAUAUAUUAUAUUAGAUUAUUUUCAAUCUAGUCAUAAUGGGUGACACUUAUGUUUAAAACAAGUCAAUAUACAUGUAUAUUUCAAACAUAA